GCCCUCCCCGCUGGCCCCACCCGCGGCUGGCGCGCCGAGCUCGAGGCCACCUCACCUUGACGCUAGGGAAACCUGGACCGCUACUCGCCCGCUGGGAGCGCGGCGGAGCCCGGGGCUCGGGACGAGCCCGGCCCCGCCCCGCCCCGCCCCGCCCCUCCCGGGGGAAAGGCCGUGGUGGGGACAUGCCGAGCCCACCCGGGCGAGGGCGGACGAGCGUGAGCGGCGCGGGCGCCGCCAGUUGUAUCUUAUCUUUUAGAAAGCGAAAUGUCAUCAGUGGAAGCACACCAGGAGCAGUUGUCCCAGUCAGAUCCAUCCCCGUCACCAAACUCAUGUAGUUCCUUUGAGCUGUUAGACAUGGAUGCUGGCAGUUUGUAUGAACCAGUUUCUCCACAUUGGUUUUACUGUAAGAUAAUAGAUUCUAAGGAGACAUGGAUUCCUUUCAACUCUGAGGAUUCACAGCAGCUGGAAGAAGCAUAUGACUCUGGAAAAGACUGUAACGGGAGAGUUGUCCCCACUGAUGGGGGCAGGUACGAUGUUCAUCUGGGGGAGAGGAUGCGGUAUGCUGUGUACUGGGAUGAACUGGCGUCAGAAGUGAGGCGAUGUACCUGGUUUUACAAGGGGGACAAAGACAAUAAAUAUGUUCCCUACUCGGAGAGCUUCAGCCAAGUAUUAGAGGAAACUUACAUGCUUGCUGUAACCUUGGAUGAAUGGAAAAAGAAACUGGAGUCUCCCAACAGAGAAAUUAUUAUAUUACACAACCCAAAGCUCAUGGUGCAUUACCAGCCAAUUGCUGGAUCUGAUGAAUGGGGUUCAACACCCACUGAGCAAGGUCGACCAAGAACAGUGAAGAGAGGGGUUGAAAACAUCUCCGUUGACAUCCAUUGUGGGGAACCUUUACAAAUAGAUCACUUGGUUUUUGUCGUUCAUGGAAUUGGACCAGCUUGUGAUCUCCGCUUUCGAAGCAUUGUACAGUGUGUUAAUGAUUUUCGCAGUGUUUCCUUGAACUUGCUACAGACACAUUUUAAGAAAGCCCAAGAAAAUCAGCAGAUUGGAAGAAUAGAAUUUCUUCCAGUCAACUGGCAUAGUCCUUUACAUUCUACUGGUGUGGAUGUAGACCUGCAGCGUAUAACCUUACCCAGCAUUAACCGCCUCAGGCAUUUCACCAAUGACACGAUUCUGGAUGUCUUCUUCUAUAAUAGCCCCACCUACUGCCAGACUAUUGUGGACACAGUAGCUUCUGAGAUGAACCGAAUAUACACACUUUUUCUGCAGAGGAAUCCUAACUUCAAAGGGGGUGUCUCCAUUGCAGGUCAUAGUUUAGGUUCACUUAUAUUGUUUGAUAUCCUAACAAAUCAGAAAGAUUCUUUGGAUGGCAUUGACAAUGAAAAGGGCUCAUUAACUACUGUUAUGGAUCAAGGAGAUACACGAACACUAGAAGAAGAUUUGAAGAGACUUCAACUCUCUGAAUAUUUUAGUAUCUUUGAGAAGGAAAAAGUAGAUAAGGAAGCUCUGGCUUUAUGUACAGAUAAAGAUCUUCAGGAAAUGGGAAUUCCCUUAGGACCAAGAAAGAAGUUACUAAACUAUUUCGGGACCAGAACAAGUGCAAUGGGUAUUAAUAGACCAACACAAUCUGCUUCAGAGGUUAACAGCUCCAGAGGAUCUGAAUUCUGCAACAGCUCUGAUAGUAAAAAUAAUGGCUAUCUAGAUGUUGGCAUUGGGCAGGUAUCUGUAAAAUAUCCCCGGCUCAUAUAUAAGCCAGAAAUAUUCUUUGCGUUUGGAUCACCUAUUGGAAUGUUCCUUACUGUUCGAGGACUAAAAAGAAUUGAUCCCAAUUACAGAUUUCCAACAUGCAAUGGUUUCUUCAAUAUUUAUCAUCCUUUUGAUCCUGUGGCCUAUAGGAUUGAACCAAUGAUAGUCCCAGGAGUAGAAUUUGAGCCAAUGCUGAUCCCACAUCAUAAGGGCAGAAAGCGGAUGCACUUAGAACUGAGAGAGGGCCUAACCAGGAUGAGUAUGGAUCUUAAGAACAACUUGCUAGGUUCCCUGCGGAUGGCCUGGAAGUCUUUCACCAGAGCUCCAUAUCCUGCCUUACAAGCUUCAGAAACAGCAGAAGAAACUGAAGUAGAAUCUGAAUCAAGUUUGGAGAAGUCCAGUGACGUUAACACCGAAGAGACCCCUGUCACAGUAAAAGAAGAAGACCCCCCCAUCAAUGUGGGGAUGCUUAACGGAGGCCAGCGCAUCGACUAUGUGCUACAGGAGAAACCUAUUGAAAGCUUCAAUGAAUAUUUAUUUGCUUUACAAAGCCACCUAUGCUACUGGGAGUCUGAAGAUACAGUAUUGUUGGUCCUCAAAGAGAUCUACCAAACCAAGGGUAUCUUUCUUGAUCAGCCCUUACAGUAAAAUGACCCACCCACAGCUGUUUAAUAUGGACUUUGAGGGACUCUUCCCCUGAACACUCACCUGUUUGUUGCUGAAAUUUCCUCCUCAGCCGCAUCACUUCCUGCAUGUUGCCUGCCAGUUACCACUACGGAGUCUUUCUUCCUUUUUGGAAUUGAGUGACAAAGCAAGGGGAAGACCCUAUUUCCUUGUUACCACUGAGUUCAAGUAAACACUGGCCAUUCUUUAUGGGGGCAUUUGCAUCAUCUAAUUCUCCGGUGAUACUAGGUGACACACUUAUCUUACAAGAUGGAAUAUGGUCUGUUUGGGGUUAGCUUGGUUUAGAGUUAGAAUUUCUUUUUUUUAAAGAAAUUAUUGCUUAUCUUUAGAAAAUGAUACUCUGAUUUGGGAGCAGUCUGGAAAUUCCAAAGGCAUUAGAAGGCACACUCCUCUCUUUUUUGCACUGAAGGCUAAGUCUAGGUGGGUAUUGAGGACGGCUGCUAGAUUUAUCUUUUUUUUCUUUUUGCCAGUGUUUCUUUGUGUUUAUGACGAUAGAUUGGAAUGAAGAUGGAUCAGAAUUUGUUUUUCCCGAGACAGGGUCUUGCUAUGUUUUGUAGCCCAGGUUUCCCUUGAAGCUACAGUCUCCUGCCUCUGCUUCCCUGGUGCUAGGGUUAGUGUGGACUACCAUAACGAGAAUCACUUACACUCUUAGAAUUGGUCUGACUGCUAGGGAUUACGGAAGCUGUUUAUUGUUUUCAUGACUGUUUGAGCGGCUCUAAGUCUAAAGUAGAAAAUUUAGUUCCCAGUAGGUACGUGUGCAUAAAGCAAUGAGGUUAUCUAUUAUAGAUGUCCUGUCUAUACCAUUCUUCAAAUUGUGGGACACUAGGUGAGGUUUUAGGUGGGUCUUUGAUGACCCUUCUAUUGCGUUGAGGUGAAGAGGUAAAGGCUGAUGAACCUGAAGUCGCAUGGCCUUUACUGGCUACUUAGGUUAUAAAUGAGAUCUCUUAGUGGUGCCUUUUUUGUAAAACAGUUGAAACCACCUACCAGUCCCACUUGGAUAAAGGUGGUACUAUGAUGUUCUCUUCAGUUUUACUUUGUGUCAUUGCCUUCUUAGGUACCAUUAUCCAGAGUGCUUACUUAAACGGCUGUUGGCUCAGGCAGUGUUAGUUGAGCAAAAUACAUUUGGCUGGAAGGACAGACCUAUUCUGAAAACAAACAAACAAAAAAUCCAACCCUCUGCCUGUGGGGCUCAGGAGCAGCUACUGCUGUUAUUGUCAGCUGAGGCGAGAGCAUGUGCAGUGAGAUUUGCCAUGCAGAACACAGGUGGCUGUAGACCAAACUUUUUCCUAAGCAUCUGCUCACAACUUUGCUGUGGGUAUUUUCCUCCCUUUAAGAGUGUUUGCUGUUAUCAUUCGGUUCUCUUUAUGAGCCCUCUAUGCAUCCUCUUGGAUUUCCAGAGAUCCAAGUGGCAGAGGCAGGCAAGUUAUAUUUUGUAAUUUAUCAAAUAUUUUGGCCGAUGUGUCAUGGUAUCCAAAGCACUGGUAUUAAUGGCCACUGAAGCCAUCCCUCAGAUAGCAAUGGUCUUUAGCUUUUUGUGUAUAGGCAAGGAACAAAAGGAGGUUAAUUACUGUCACCAAGUUUAUAGAGGAGAGGGUUAGGUCAGGCCUGGCUUCUUAUCAUCUGCAUAUGGACUAAUAGUAAACAAGUAAGCUGCUAAGUUUCACAUAUAUGGAAUACCCUAUUUUCUUGAUGAUAUAAAUUCUGAGUAAGAGUUUUGUCCAGUUGUUGUCUUCACCUAGUUUUUUAAGAGUAAACCAAAGGACAACUAAGAGUUGAGUCCCUGUAACCAAAGAUGGACAGCUUAACCCCUGGAGAGCUAGGUGACCCAUUGUAGUGGAAGUGCUCCUUUCCUGGCGGUUUACCUCUCAUCCUUCCCCCUGUGGAAUUCUGGCUGCACAGUACACACAUUGAUAAGCUCAGUUGAAAUUAUUUAGUCAUGCAUCAUUUGCACUACUUCACUUGUAUCAUGUGCAGUCUCUGACCAAGCCUAUUUUUAGACUCCUGUGUAACACCAUUUUGUACAUACUCCUAGCUGCAGAAUUAAGAUUGCUUUUCUCAGAAGACACUGUUUGCUUGGAAAGGUUGAUAGCACUAACUAGCUUUCUAAUAUUUUGCACUUUUGAAAUGUUUGUUUUCUACGUGAUUAUAUAGAAAAGUUUAGUAAAUACUAAAAUAAAACGGUAUUGACUAGUUGCCUA